AUACAGCUACCAUUCAAACCACCACUUUCAUUCAUACAACUAUCUAAUUCUAUAUCUUCCCUUUUCAUUCACCACCAACCAUCUAUCUCACACACACACACACUUUCUCUCCUUCCGAAGAACCAUGGAGGUCUCAUGGGAACAAAGUGUCACAGAUUCCAUCAACACCGUUUACCUCCUCUUUUCAGCUUACCUUGUCUUUGUAAUGCAGCUUGGCUUUGCCAUGCUCUGUGCUGGCUCAGUCCGAGCCAAGAAUGCCUUGAACAUAAUGCUUACCAAUGUUGUUGAUGCUGUUGUUGGUAGCAUCUCUUAUUACCUCUUUGGCUUUGCUUUUGCCUUUGGUGAUGGCUCCAAUUCCAACCCUUUCAUUGGUACAAACUUCUUUGCUUUGUUUAAUAUCCCCAAUACCUCAUAUGACUACAGCUUCUUUCUUUACCAAUGGGCUUUCGCUAUAGCUGUUGCUGGUAUAACCAGUGGCUCAAUAGCAGAGAGAACCCAGUUCACUUCUUACCUAAUUUUCUCAUUUUUUCUCACUGGAUUUGUGUACCCAAUUGUGGCUCAUUGGGUUUGGUCAUCUAGUGGUUGGCUCAGUCCUAGUUCCAGUGACUUGUUGUUUGGUUCAGGUGCAAUUGACUUUGCUGGGAGUGGGGUGGUGCAUUUGGUUGGUGGAAUUGCUGGGCUUUGGGGCUCUUUCAUAGAAGGCCCAAGAGUGGGCCGGUUUGAUGCGUUCGGGAAGCCUAUACAAAUGAGAGGCCACAAUGCAACCCUUGUGGUACUAGGUACAUUUUUGUUGUGGUUUGGAUGGUUUGGGUUCAAUCCAGGCUCAUUUGAUAAGAUUCUUGUGGCCUAUCCCAACACCAGCCAAGGUAAUUGGACUGCAGUGGGCCGGACUGCAGUUACUACCACAUUAGCCGGGUCAACUGCCGGACUUGUAACCCUUUUCGGCCGACGAUUACUAGUGGGCCAUUGGGAUGCAUUGGAUGUUUGCAAUGGGCUGCUAGGUGGGUUUGUUGCAAUCACAUCGGGUUGCUCGGUUGUUGAGCCAUGGGCUGCCAUCGUGUGCGGGUUUGUCGCUGCAUGGGUCUUGAUUGGGCUCAAUAUCUUGGCCCUAAAACUGAAAUUUGAUGACCCGUUGGAGGCAACCCAGUUGCAUGGUGGUUGUGGUGCUUGGGGUUUGAUAUUUACAGGGUUGUUCGCUAAAGAAGAAUUUGUGAUUCAAGCAUAUGAUUCAGGCGAGUCAGGCGUGGUGAGGCCCUUUGGUCUUUUUAUGGGUGGAGGCUGGGGUUUGAUUGGAGCCCAAGCGAUAGAGGUUUUGGUGAUUGUGGGCUGGGUAAGUUUGACAAUGGGACCUCUAUUUUAUGGCCUACACAAGCUUGGGAUUUUGAGAAUCUCUCCUGAAGAGGAAAUUGCAGGCCUUGACAUAUCUAGACAUGGAGGCUAUGCCUAUGCUCACCAAGAAGAAGACCAACCUCGCUUCUAUACAGAUUACAUACGUGUACAAAAUUGAUGAUUCCCAACCAAAUGGCAUUUUUCAUUUGCAUGUUAGUAUGUUACACAUAUCUUUAUUCGAUUCUCAUAGGUUUGUGAUAUGUCAUGAGCUUCAUGAAUUGUUUCAUCGAAUUUAAAUUUGCUCUUCAAAGAA